UGUAUAUAAUUUAUAUCGAUAUGUCGAUCCUCUUCUCGAUUUUUCUAUUAUUCACCAUCAUCACUACCUUCCUCGCAGCUCUAAGAACAUCGGCCAUUUCACCAGUUCUUCAUCCAGAUGAAUUAAAAGCGCUUGGAGAGAUAGCUUCCACACUAGGUAUCACGAGACUUAACCUACACUAUGGAGACCCUUGCGCUUUAGGAGGACUAAAGAUGGAUGUUGCUCCGAUUCUAGGGAGUGAGAAUACCAUUGUUUGUGAUUGUAACAUCAACAAUAGCACCUCAUGCCAUAUUACGAACAUAAUUCUCAAGACCCUCAGUCUUCCAGGAAAACUUCCACCGGAGUUGGUCAAACUUCCCUAUCUCCGAUCGAUCGACUUGUGCCGAAACUACCUCUCUGGCUCUAUCCCAAUGGAGUGGGCUUCAAUGCCACACCUCACUUUCAUCUCGCUCUGCGCCAAUCGUUUGUCUGGGAAUUUACCAAGUGGGUUACAAAACUUCAAGAAUCUGACAUUUCUAGGACUCGAAGCCAACCAGUUCUCUGGUCCAAUUCCUGAUGAGAUUGGUAACUUGAUCAACCUAGAAAAACUGCAUCUUGCUUCCAAUCAAUUUACAGGAAGUCUUCCUAGCACUCUUGCUAAGCUGGUUAACCUUCAGGAUUUUAGGGUAAGUGACAAUAACUUUGAUGGCAUCAUUCCAGGGUAUAUUGGCAACUGGUCUCGGCUUAGAAUUUUAUAUUUACAUGCAAGUGGACUGAAAGGACCUAUUCCUACUAAUAUCUUCCGCCUACAAAAUCUUACUGAUGUGAGAAUUAUUGAUAUGACCACUGAGAUAAACUCCUUUCCAUUUAUACCAAGCAAAGCCAUGGAAAUCUUGAUUUUGAGAAAUAUGAGUUUGUCUGGUCCAAUCCCUUCUUACAUCUGGAACAUGCCAGUCCUAAGGACUCUUGAUUUAUCGUUUAACCAGUUGACUGGGGAAGUUCAAUCUGCACUGAAGAAACCUCCCCAAUAUACCUAUUUGACUGGCAACAUGCUUUCCGGAAACGUUGGAUCUGAUGUUUUCCUCAACAGUAAAUCUUAUAUUGAUCUCUCUUAUAACAAUUUCUCAUACUCAUCUAGCUGCCAGGACAAGAGUAACAUAAACACAUACCGAAGCUCCUACUUGAAGAACAAUUUAACUGGACUUCUACCAUGUUCUGGUCCAAUAAAGUGCACGAGAUAUCAAAGCUCACUACAUAUAAAUUGUGGUGGAGAAAGUGAGAAUAUUCCAACCUCUCUAGGUAAAAUCACUUAUCAAGCUGAUAAUAGUGAAACCAAAGCUGCUACAAAUCAGCACUUUGAAAACUGGGGAGUUAGUAGCACUGGUUACUUGCCAAAUGAUAUAUACAUCAUUUCACCUAGUUUACCACUAUCCGGAGAUUCUCCUAUUUUUUAUAAGACCGCACGUCAAUCUGCUCUUUCUCUAUCGUAUUAUGCUUUUUGCUUGAAAAAUGGAGCGUACAAUGUGAAACUCCAUUUUAUGGAGAUUCAGUUUUCAAACAAAGAUCUAUCCAGUAGUCUCGGUAUACGCAUAUUCGAUAUUUAUGUUCAGGGAGAAUUGUUCGUGAAGGAUUUUAACAUCAAAGAGGAUGCUAAUGGGACUCUGAAGCCUGUCGUGAAAGAAGCCAACGCGAAUGUAACUAAUCAUAUGUUAGAGAUUCGGUUGUAUUGGGCGGGGAAAGGGACAACCCUCAUUCCCCAAAGAGGAAACUAUGGUCCUCUUAUCUCUGCUAUCUCCUUAUGUCACAGUCUCGAGCCACAAUGUGGAGCGGAGAAAACAGAACAUCAUACUAAGUAUCCCUUAAUUGUUGGGGUCACUAUUGCUUCAGUAACAGUUGUUCUCUCAGCUAUGGGAAUAUAUGCAUGGAAGAGAAGCAGAGGAGACAAGAACAUAAUAGAACGAGAACUGAGAGCGCAAGGUCUGCAAACGCUUUGCUUUACUUGGAGGCAACUGCAAGCUGCAACAAACAAUUUUGAUGAAGCCAACAAACUUGGAGAAGGAGGUUUCGGAUCUGUAUUCAAAGGAGAGCUAUCAGAUGGAACUAUCAUAGCAGUCAAGCAGCUUUCUUCCAAGUCAUGCCAAGGAAACCGUGAAUUUGUCAAUGAGAUAGGCAUGAUCUCAGGGUUGAAUCAUCCAAACCUUGUCAAGCUUUAUGGUUGCUGUGUCGAGAAAGAUCACUUGCUGCUCGUGUAUGAAUACAUGAAAAAUAACUCCCUUGCUCAUCCGCUGUUCGAAAAGGGUUCCUUAAAACUGGAAUGGGCAGCAAGACAACAAAUCUGUCUUGGAAUCGCAAGAGGGCUUGCAUUCCUCCAUGAAGGAUCGGCGAUGAGGAUGGUUCAUCGUGACAUAAAAACAACGAAUGUGCUUCUAGACGCUGGCCUUAAUGCAAAGAUAUCUGACUUUGGAUUGGCUAGGCUCCAUGAAGCAGAACACAGUCACAUUAGCACCAAAAUUGCAGGAACCAUUGGUUAUAUGGCUCCAGAAUAUGCAUUAUGGGGUCAACUAACAGAGAAAGCAGACGUUUACAGCUUCGGGGUUGUGGCAAUGGAAAUUGUUAGUGGGAAGAGUAAUACAAAACAGCAGGGAAACGUCCCGCUUAUCAAUUGGGCGCUGACGCUGCAACAGACAGGGGACAUAAUGGAAAUCGUAGAUGCAAUGCUCAAAGGUGAAUUCAACAACAAUGAAGCAGCAAGGAUGAUCAAAGUUGCUCUAGUUUGCAUAAACUCAUCUCCUUCCUUAAGGCCAACAAUGUCAGAGGUUGUGCAAAUGCUAGAGGGAGAGAUGGAGAUACCCCAGGUUAUGUCAGGACCUGGUUUAUAUGGACCAAACUGGAGCAUCUCAAAGUUGAAGGAGAUUGAUACAGAUGGUAGCUCGAGCAAGUUUGGUGUGACCGAUCAUCAAACGACAACAACAGUGAAAUCCUCUGCUUCUGGUUCUGAUCUCUACCCAUUAUACCCAGAAUCCAUGAUCUUAAACUCCACAAUAGAGUUCUCUUCCUCGUCAUUGUAAUAUCAAAAGCUAUGCACAUUGCCUUGCCCCUAAUUGGAGAAAAAAGGUUUGUGAAGUUAUUUUAAUAGUUAUAUCAUUACAGUUGUUUGAAACCUUACUAUUAUAUAUCCAAAAACACAUUUAUAUGAAUGUUUAUCAAAC